GGAACGGAGCUCUUGCUGGCUGUCGGGCUAUUGGUGGUCUGACCCUGGUACUGACCGGUGACUUUGCUGGUGGCUGUCGCCUGAAUUCCCAGAAUUGCCUGCAGACAUCGUCAAGGUUUCUGCCCAGUCACUGGGUGUCAGGCGUUCUUCGCAUUUAG